AUGGCUGGUCCAUACGAACGAUUCUACCAGCAGGACGGCAAGCGAAACGACUCACUAACGCCGGUCGAAACAAAAAACCAUAUUCGGAUCCCAAGCAGUGUCAGCACCGCCAUCGACAUUGAUAGUCCGUCCAUCAAAGCAACAUCUAUCGCCUCUAGUCUGACGCUGCUCGAGCAAGAAUCCAUCAUGGCACCCCCAGCAUAUGGCAAAGUAUACCCUUCUUAUCACUACGAAGACCUUGCACCGAGGCCCCUCCGUCCGACGAAGAGCGUAGAACCAACGCGCCCACAUGUCCAGCCCCCGAGCUACACUCAGCUCGUGAACAAGCAGCCCGUCAAUAAACCCCUUCCCGAGCUGCCGCCCCUCUCGAGGAAGCCAAGAGUGCCCAAGGUGACUACACCUAUGCCAAAGCAGACCUCGGACCUUUCUCCAGUUUCUCCAUUGUCGGAAAAGGACCUUCCAACGCCUGGGCUUGAGCGGCCACACCACUUAUUGCCCAUGAGCCGGGGCCCGGCUCAUUUAUCUAAUAGUUCCGCCGUCUGUGUCUUCCGGCUAGAUGUCAAAGGGUCAUCUGGCCAGUUGCGUGGCCCCGCGGAAGAUAGCAAGAACAAAGCCGCAACAUCUUUGAUGCUAGAUACCACGACUGCAGCAUCAGUCUCGACCUGGCGGUCGCCAAUUCCUCAGGUGGAAAGAAGCCAUAACCCCAGGCCAGAACAAGACCAAGUCGGCUUGUUGGCCCGUACAUUCCAGCGGUUCAUUCCCUCGAAAAUCUUUCGACGUAAGGGCUCGAAGGCAGAUCAACCGUGUGCUGCAAUACCAACACUCAGUCCUCCUAUGUUAUCAACGAGGCCUGUCCCGCAUCCAGAUCGGCAGCCCCGUCCGGCAGGUACCGCGCCUCCGACUCCAGUCAACCGGAUGAAGCGUGUUCUGUCGGUUCUUAUGGACGAACGGAUGUCCUUAUAUCUCAACAAUCUCGUGGCUUCGGCUCAAACAAAUUCCCUCGCCAAAGGCGCCCAGGUCCAGCUGGUCGACGGCCCAAGUCACAUAUCACCAUGGGUUCAAACCCACGAGCACAAUGGGAUUUCGUCGGGCGGCCACUGUCAUUCACGUCAACCUGUCCGCAGCUUGCACGAGCUGGACGGCGUACCUUUGUGUCCUGGGAGCGUUAACCCGACAUCACACUCCAGAAUCUCGAUCUUCCACCGCAUUAUGCAGGAGGUUGAUGACCUGCCCGAUCUUUUUUCCCUGGCACUCGUGAACAAAGCUUCUUACUUGGCAUUUAAGUCUGAUGAACUAGGGCUUAUGAAAAAUACCCUGAAGAAAAAUUCACCUCCCGCAUGGGAACUCCGCCAGAUCAAAGAGAUCCAAUGCGAUGCCGGGAACCCUGAAAGCCGAGCCUUAGCAGCCAAUCUAUACCUCCGCCACUAUACUUGGGAUCUUAUGCAGCUUGCGAGAAUAAAAUUUCUGCUCCAUGAUUUCUGCGAGCCCCUACUAAGCCGAGACAUUGUGAUUGACCUCCGUGACCCUUACGACACUCGGGCUGGACGUGUCGAUGCAGCCAUCUGGCGAGUAUGGACGUUCUGCCACCUAUUCGGGAACAGGAAAGACCGCGAAAGCGAUCUUCAGGGCCAAAGCCGAUGGCUUCGAGGGCAACGAACGGGCUCUGUGGCACUGCCGCAGGUCUGCAGGACUUCACCAGAUCCGUCGGAUUUCAACACGGUGCUCUUCUCGCCGCCUGAUGGAUUUGCGCAGGGGAACCCAAGCACCGGCCUUUCGAGGCAAGAGCUGCUCGACAUGGUCGAUAUCUGGAUAGCGAUGGGUGCUUUGCUAGAUUUCCUCCGGAAGCAGACCAACCUUGCGCGCCAGAACGGGGUGUUUGAUGCCGCUGAAACAAAGCCAAAGUCUUCGAGGGAGGAGGUGCACAUGCUCCGAGCCUGGCUUGACUUUAUUCUCACCCUCGGCCCAGCUGCUGUCCUGGAGCUCGCACCCGCCGGCCCUACUUCAGACCCAACGCAGGCCUUCAGGCGGGCUAAAGCCAAUGGCUGGACGCAGUGGUCUCCGCCUUCACUCAAGGCUCCAUGCCGGUUCCGGGGGGUCCCGGCCAACGGCGAUUUAACUGUUAUAUAA